AUAGUAUUAAGUUUUGAAUUUGAAGUUUUGCCAACUUCGAAAUCAAAGUUGAUUUUGGAGAUGUUCUUAGCUUGUGUACUAUAUAUAAGCGUCAAAGAGACCUAGCUAUCUUCUCAUAUCUUAAACACAAUAUCAACCAUGAUUAUUUUCUUUAGUAUUCAUUUUUCUCUAUUCUUUUUGGUCCUUGCAAUCUCCGGUUACGUUUUUCUUCGGAAACAGAGUAAAUGUGAAGGUAACAGCUCAACCAUCCCUGAGCCAUUGGGAGCUUUGCCUUUGUUAGGCCACCUCCAUCUUCUGCGCGGUAAAGAGCUCGUUUGCAAGAAACUAGCUGCCAUGUCCGACAAGCUUGGUCCUAUCUUCUCCCUCAAGUUAGGGUUUUACAGGCUCGUUGUAACCAGCGAUCCUGAGAUCCUCAAAGAUUGUUUCACCACCAACGACUUGGUUCUAGCCACCAGACCCAACAUAGCCUUUGGUCGGUAUGUAGGUUAUAACAACGCAGCCCUCGCGCUGGCUCCCUAUGGAGACUAUUGGCGUGAGUUACGUAAAAUCACCACCGUUCAUCUCUUCUCAAACCAGAGUGUGGAGAUGCUUGGUCACAUUCGUUAUGCAGAAGUAAACGAGUUUCUUAAACACCUAUACGAAGGGAGUGAUGGUACUUCGACGGUGAAGAUUGACAUGUCGUUUGAGUUUUUGACCUUCAAUAUAAUCCUUAGGAAGAUGGUCGGGAAGAGGAUUGGAUUCGGCAAAGUGAAGAGCGAGGAGUGGCGUUAUAAGGAGGCGUUGAAGCGUAGCGAGUACUUGGCUGCUGUUUUCAUGAUAGGCGACGUGAUUCCAUGGUUGGGAUGGUUGGAUUUCACGAAAAUUGCUCAAAUGAAAAGCACGUUUAAAGAGCUUGACUCGGUCAUCACUAAGUGGCUCGAAGAACAUCUUGAGAAAAGAUCAAGAAAAGAGGAGAAUCAAGAGAAGACUAUCAUGGAUCUAUUGCUUGACAUCUUACCAGAAGAUGUUGUGAUCUGUGGACAUGUACGCGAUGUAAUUGUCAAGGCAACUAUUUUGGUUCUUACACUAACGGGAUCAGACAGCACAUCCAUCACCCUGACAUGGGCGGUAUCACUGCUACUUAACAAUCCGAGCACUUUAAAAGCAGCACAAGAAGAGAUUGACAAUAGUGUAGGGAAAGGGAGGUGGGUUGAAGAAUCCGACAUUCGAAACCUCAAGUACCUACAAGCUAUUGUCAAGGAGACUCACCGGCUUUACCCACCGGCUCCUCUUACAGGAAUCCGAGAAGCAAGGGAAGAUUGUUUACUUGGAGAAUACCAUGUUAAGAGAGGCUCACGCUUGCUCGUCAAUAUCUGGAAACUUCACAGGGAUCCUAAGAUCUGGCAUGACCCAGAAACCUUCAAGCCUGAGAGGUUCAUGGAGGAGAAGUCGCUAUGUGAAAAGAGCGACUUUGAGUUCAUCCCGUUCAGUUCAGGAAGAAGGUCGUGUCCAGGGAUGAAUCUUGGCCUAAGAGUCGUUCACUUAGUGUUGGCUAGGUUGAUUCAGGGGUUUGAGUUGCAUAAGGCGUCUGAUGAACCUCUGGAUAUGGCUGAAGGGCCUGGUUUAGCCUUGCCAAAGAUCAAUCCAGUGGAAGUUGUGGCUAUGCCCCGGCUUGAACCUGAGUUGUACCAUUCACUGUAAACCAUGUUAAUGUAUUGAUAUUAUAUGUAUGGCAUCUGAGACGAGAGAAGUAUGGUUUUAACUCUCCCAACUCAAAUAAUUUACUAUUUUAAAAUAGAUGUCUUCACUAGUUCU